AUGAAUAAUUAUCACGACACCGAAAGCCUCGAAUACUCCUCCGAUACCUCUGAUGAUGGCCGCUUCUCUCCCCACCCUACGGGUCGCAUUAAGCGCUACACAAGACCCUUGAUCGAUUACGUGCGCAACGAAUGGCAAACUAACGCCAAAUACUCCCAUCUCGCCAACCCCGACCAGCCCUCUGAACCUUCCCGAUUCGUCCAACUCUUCCUGUCUAUUGUCACUGCGCCGCGCUUCCGUCGCUAUGUCGUGGUGUACUUGAUCCUUGUCAUAACGUGUCUGCUGGGAUGGCUGUAUAUCCUCUCUCCGCGGCUAGCGGAGCAUGCGUCGUUGUUGCGGGCGCUAGAUCCAGAGGUGAAGGAGGAAGUGGGUGGAUGGUUUGGAACGAACGCUUUUCCCGGGUUUGAUGAUGUUGUGCAGGUGAAAAAGUUGGAUAAGGAGCUUUUGCCUGAGGGGGAGGAACGGCUGAUUGUUGUGGGUGAUGUGCAGGGAUGCAUAGCAGAGUUGGACCGCCUCCUCGAAGAACUCCUCUUCGAUCCGAUCAACGAUCACCUCAUCUUUACUGGAAACAUGAUUAGCCAGGGCCCCAACAGCACUGACGUUGUCGAUUUCGCCCGAAAGUAUUCCGCGUCAUGUGUGCGUGGAAACAACGAAGAUCGCGUCCUUGUUAUGCGCCACAAUAUGAUCGAAGCUCAGACCUUAACUGAUACCUCUUCCGAUCAAUACCUCGAUGGUCAGUCUACAGAGCAGGCCAAGAAUGAACGUGAUCUCGCGCGUGCCCUGUCAGACGAACAAGCAGACUGGCUAGACGCCUGCCCAGUUAUUCUUAACGUGGGACAGAUUCCUACCAUGGGACAGGUUGCGGUCGUGCAUGGGGGCCUGAUUCCGGGUGUGGAUCUGAAUCAUCAGGACCCGUAUAGCGUGAUGAAUAUGUUGACCAUCGAUUUGGACACCCAUAUGCCUAGCCCUGAGCGGGAUGGUAUGAUGUGGACUAAGUUCUUCAACAAGCACCAAUCCGUCGGCUAUGCAAGCUCUAAAAGCUCGAACAAAGACGACGACGAAGAUGCAGGUGCCGUCAAAGCCACCACCGUCAUCUACGGCCACGACUCCGAAACAGCCCUCAACAUCAACACCUAUACAAAGGGUAUUGACACCGGCUGUGUCGCCGGCGGAAAACUCACCGCGUUUGUGAUUAGCUCCUCUGGAGAGCAGAAUAUCAUCCAGGUCAGGUGUAACAACUACCUACCCUGA